AUGAACUGGCGAACUCGAGCAUGCCCUUGCGACAAGUGCUCUGGAGCCGGAGUGGCGCUGGGCAACGCAAGAAGGGAAACUUUAGCCGCGCGAAAAGACAAUUCAACCCAACGACCGUCGAAUGAUACAGAUUGGCGCACGAGGCGGAGGAACGCCGGCCGGGAAGACGAUGUUUCCAUGACAGACGAGGCUUCGACAGAAGCUGUUCUAUUGCAGCUCACACGCCGAACACUUGCCUCGGAUGAAAUCUACCCUAAAGCUGUAGAUUCGCCCAGCCAUUCUUAA